AUGACUGAUGGCAACCGAAGCGGAUACGGCGACAAUGCUGCCGAAGGCGGCGUUGCCCGGCGUACCGAAGACGCGUUCGAUCGCUACGACGAUCCGAACCGUGGCCCGCUCGACCGCACAGCGAAUGCCGUCACCGGUGGCGUGGGCGGCGUCUCGGCCGCCACGGCAGGAACGUCGCACGAGACGGGUCGGACC